CUGAUGAACAAAUAAAUCCUUCAGACAUGGGGGGAGGUGAGUGAGGGCAGCAAGUGGGGGCAGGUGAGGGUUUUCCUGCUGCCACCAUCUCCCAGGCCCUUAUUUUCCAUGCUGUCCUUGUUUUCCAUGGUUUUGGCAGUAAAAGAACUGAUGGUGGGUGCUGCAGGGGGUGUUCUGCUCAGCCAGCCCCAUUCACGUGAUUAACAGGGUUUAGCACCGUGCUAAUCAAUUUUUUGUUUGUCCCAGUGAGCCUCUUUUAUCGAAUUAAAUUUUAUCUAAUUAAAGCCCUCGCCCAGGAAAUUAAAGUCCUCAUCUGUGAGGCACAGGUACCGAGGGUGGCUGGGGACAGCUGAGUCACGUCCUGCUGUCACCGGGAUCUUGUGUCCCCAUCCCUGGAGAUGCUGCCAGGCCUCUCCUCUCCCCAGCUUUGCAGGCAGAUUAAGCUUUAAAAAAAUCCAUCAAAUAUUUCUCGAUGUGAGCAGGAAAAUGUUGGGCACAGCACAGUUGAUGCCGAAGGCACAUGCAGCUGUUUUUUCAAAACAAAUGAAAAUUCCCUGCAUUCCCCCAUGCUGCAAUAUUUUUUUUUUUUUUUACUGAGUGGCUUUUAUACAAAUUUAUUCUCUAUUUCCCAUUUUGAGAUGCAGUUUAAUGUACCACCCUCCCUCCUUGUCCUAAUCACAUAUUCAUGGAUUAGAAAAGAAACUUCCUAAAACAAAAGCAGCUGCAGUAAGUGCCAGAUAAGCUGAAAACAGCAAGUGGAUUGUUCCAGACAUGGUUUAUAACCCGAAAAUCCUAUCAGAAAACCCAGCCUGAAGGGUCACUGGGCUUUGGAGAUAAAAGUGAGGGUGAGCAGCAGCACAGACACGCCAAACACUUUAAGUGAAAUAGUUUAUUUUGUGGAAAAUAUCCCCCAGUUGGAUCAUCAUAAUCUGCAAACUCCUGGCAGUGGGUUCAGCAUUAAAAUAGGAAGAUGAAAGUCAUAACGAGGACAGACCUUUCAUUUAGAAAUUUUUGCAGCGAAGCAAAUCUAUUUCGACUUUGAGUUAUUUUAGAAGCAAUUUUAAAAGCUCAACUCUUAGGGGCACUUCAAAAUUGUUAUUUCAAGUAGAGUUUUUUCUCUGUGUUUUAAGAGCAACUGGGCUGGAUUUGCACAGAAAAUUGGGUCAAAAGGGCUUUGUUUCAUACAUAUUCCAGCUGUACCUCAGCGUGUGGAAUGCAGAGGGAAGAAAUGCCCAAUUGCCAAGCCUUGGUGUCCCUCAGCUUGGCAGGGCCAGCCUGUGCUGCUCUGGAGAAAUUGAGGAAAGGUGACCCCAGCUCCUGCAGUGUUCCAGGCUGGUCCUGUUGCCUCUGUGUGUCCCCCCAGGCCCUGGAGACGCCUCAGCAGGAGGAUGAGCUCUUGUGCAUGCUGGAUUCCUGCUGUCUCCUCACUUGUCACCUUGAUACUCCACCCUCUCCUCUUGCUGGCCCUUUACACCAUGCUCAGCAGGAAAAUUGGAUGCAGGUGAGCAGCAGCCCUGGGGAGCAUCCCAGCCCUCACCCCACCCCAGCUCCGGCCUCAGCACCGGGAGGGGACACGGCACAAAAACACCCCGGGGCACAAAACCACCCCGGGGCACAAAACCCAUCACCAGCCUAUGCAGGGAGCAGUGACACAUCUUCAGACACCUCGGAGGACUCGGACAACCCUUUCUGCCCUCAGGGCCCUGGCUCAGGGGAAAACAUCAAUUACACAUCCCUGGUGUUCCCAGAGAAAGGCUACGAGCCAGGCUCUGCCCAGGACUACGAGAACAUGAAGACUGGGAUGGAUUACGUCAACGUGGACCCAGAGAAGAGGAAAACACAUUUCUGGCCCUUCUCCAUGCCCAGGGCAUCCAAGGGUGUGGAGUACACCGAGGUGAAGCUGUCACACCAGGGUGAAGCUGUGGCACCGAUGUGAAGCUGUCACACCAGGGUGAAGCUGUCACACCAGGGUGCUGCUGCUCAGAGGUGCCCAAAGCCCCCAGCAGCUGCACAGCUGGCACUGUCCCCCCCCCCCCCGGGGCACUGCCUGGCACAGGCUGCAGCACUUGUACCACCCCGACCCGCAGGCACAGCUUCCUUGGCUUUUCCUUAAAGGCUCCACUGUUCCUGAGGGCUGUGGGGUGGGGCAGGGGAGGGUUCCUCCCAGCCAGGCUGGAAUCAGCUCUCCACUUCUGUGUCAUGGCCCUUUUUCCCUCAUUUCAUGAAAGCAAAAGAAAUAUCCUCCCCUCGCCUCUCAAAAUGGGCAGUUGGGAGGGAGAUGCAGUGAUCCUCAAAACCUGCACUGAGCUGGCUGGCAGCUCCUCUCAGUGAUGUUGUUUUGCUCAUCAGCCUCAUAAAAUCCUUGUAAAUACAGUUUUUCCACUGGCUUUUCCCUCUCUCUGUCUCCCACCUUUUGCUUUCCCUGCUUUGUCCCUGCUCCAGUUGCUGGGCUCAGUCUCUCCCCACCUGGGCCAUGUCCCUGCUCCUCACUCUGCAUUUUGUUACUUCUGAAUUUUCAAGAAAUAAACGUCCAAAAUGCCUGGGAAUGGGAACACUGCCCCAGUGGGAGCUCGGUGAGGGGGAUGGAGCUGCUGCCUCCUAGCACAGGGAGGGAUGGAGCUGCUGCCUCCCCUUCCUCAGGGCUGGAGCUGCCCCAAGUGCGUUUUAGACGGGCUCAGCAACGCUGUGAUUUAAUGAAAGUUGUGAGACGAUUGAUUUGGGAUUGAUCAGUGGCUGGGGGAGCCAGGCCCUCCUGCUUUCAUGACCUUGUGGUGCAGAUCUGGCCUAGCUCGAAGGGCACGUGAAGGAAAAUGUUCCAAAAACCCCAGUAAUUCCUGGGUAACGUUGGAAAACCCAGGAGAGGUGUGAUUGUGGGACUGGAG